GAGAAAUGACAUAGGAGGUACCACCACGACGACUUUGCUUGUCCGUCAUCAGCGGCUCAUUGAAGCCUCGAGCGGCACAAGAGGAAGAUGGGAAGACUAGGCGCGCCAGUUGCAUCGAUAUGGGCACUGCCAUCGAGCAUACGCGUCUUGCUUCGGACAAGAACGGCGUGCUGUAAAUGCUAUGCAUCCACUGAUGCUAAACCGAAGUCGCUCAACAUCGGGGGCACAUCCUAUCCCACUGACGAUUGGACGAAUGUGCCUCCUUCGAUCCUAGCCAACUAUGGCAGAAAAUUGCACGUGCAAGAAAAUCAUCCUCUCUCCAUCACGAGGAAGCUGAUCGAGUCACGAUUCCCCAAGUUCAAGAACCACAACGACCUGACCCCAGUUGUCAGCGUCCAGCAAAACUUCGACUCUCUAGGCUUCUCUCCAGACCAUCCAGGGCGCAGCAAGACCGACACAUACUACAUCAACCAAGAUACCGUACUGCGAACGCAUACAUCUGCUCACGAGGUCGAUGUCUUUCGAGCCAACACGAGCGAUGGCUACACGAUUUCAGCAGACGUGUAUCGGCGAGAUGCCGUCGAUCGAAGCCACUAUCCCGUCUUUCAUCAGAUGGAAGGCGCCCUGACAUGGGAUCGUAAGGACUUCGCCGACAGCAGAGCCCUGACAGAGCACAUUACGAAAGAUUUGGAUAAUAUUCCGAAACAUGAUCUGGUUGUGGACGAUCCUAAUCCUACAUUCGACCCUGUCAAGAAUCCGCUGCAAACGGAGCAUCACACUCCCGAGGAAGCUGAAGCUGUAGCGACACAUCUGAAGCGAUCUCUCGAGAACAUGGUCGUUGCCAUUUUCUCGGAGGCAGACAAAGCCCUUGCUGCUGCCGGACAGGGAGCGGAGGCAGAGCGGGAACCACUCAAGGUGCGAUGGGUGGAGGCAUUUUUUCCACACACUUCACCAUCGUGGGAGCUGGAGGUCUGGUGGCGCGGCGACUGGCUCGAAGUGCUAGGAUGUGGUGUCAUCGACCAACCUCUUCUCAUCCGAGCAGAUCAGUCUUCUAGGGUCGGCUGGGCGUUUGGCAUCGGACUCGAGCGAAUUGCCAUGCUCCUGUUUGGUAUUCCCGACAUUCGACUAUUCUGGAGCAAAGACUCCCGCUUCUUGAGUCAGUUCGACGAGUCCAAGCCAACACGACGAUUCAAACCAUUUAGCAAACAUCCCGCCGCGCAUAGAGAUGUCACUUUCUGGGUACCAACCAGCGGACCCAUCGUGGCGGGUACACCUGCAUCUACAUCUUCUGCGCCCUCGCCUGCAGGUGGACAAAGCACAGAGCCUCCGACAUUGGAGGCGUCAUGUUUCCACGAGAAUGACCUGAUGGAGGUGGUACGCAACACAGCCGGUGACAACGUCGAAGAUGUGGUGCUUAUCGAUAGCUUCCAGCAUCCCAAGACGGGAAGGCAAAGCAUGUGUUACAGAAUUACAUAUCGCAGUCUGGAAAAGACUCUGACCAAGGAGGAAGCGAAUGCUUUUCAUGAGAGUAUACGCAGUAAGUUGGUGACUCGCUUUGGCGUAGAACUCCGGUGAUGUUUUCGCAUUGUAGGUAUGUAUACCUAUACCUACCUAGUAUUAAGGUACCUGAUUGUACAGUACGCAGGCAGAUGAAAUGCAGCACACUCUUUUCUCG